GUUACCUGGAAGUAGGUGGGUCUGUUUCAUCUUUGAUUGUUAAUUACUAUUAACAUCCCUUCUUCAUCUAUGAUCAUCGGCAAUAUUUUUACUUAGAACAGUUCAAUUCAUAAGAUAAUAUUAAGAUUAUUUCAUGACCAAGAUGAUAGUGGUGACCAAUUUUUAAUUUUGAGCUGUUGAAGCAUCUAUUUUCAUGCUGUUUGUUUAUGUUUACAACCUUCACUCCUCUCCACAUCAUCUGUCAAUAUUUCCUAUUUGGACCUUACGUACUCAGAAUGAAUCUUGAUUGUUACAUGAUUAAACUAACCAUAUCACUCUGAGAUAAGGAGACAUCCGAACAAAUUAAAGGAUUCCAGUGGAAAAAUUUGAUGGUUCCAACUUAUUGGUGGACCACGAUGACUGACUUUACACAAUUCAAAGCAAUAAACUCUAAAUUAAAGAAAAGAUUUCUUUUAAGGAAACCUAAUUUUUCAGAAGCUAGUCAACAAUUCAGUGACCUGAGUCAAGAUUUUAAAGAAUUCAAAUUAUUCGCUGGUUAUUGUUCUCUGGCAUCAGCGCGAUGUGAACAUUCCCUUGGAAAUGUUAAUAUGGAAUUACAAGCGCUUCUUCAAGCUGCUCGCCAUUUUGCUGAAGGAAAAGAAAUAAACGCUGCCAUAUCAGCUUAUCGUCACGCAUUACUUAUCUCAGCUGAAGCCAAUUUGCCUUACAUUUACAUUGAACUGGCUCGUUUAUAUGAGAAGCAUCGUCGUUUCAAUGAAGCAGCUAUUGUUUAUGAAGAAGCAUCAAUGUUUAGAGACGCAGCAAAUUGUUUCAUGGACGCUCAUCUUUACGAUAAGGCAUUGAGCUGCUUUAAUAAACUGGACAAGCAGAAGUUAAAAGUUAAUGAUGAAAUAUCUAUUUUUUUGUUGAAGCUUUUUCUUUAUGAUGUUCGUCGUUUAUCAUUAGAAUUUCCAGUAGUCAAUUGUACCUGUGAAGAUGAUGACAUAAUCUCUUUAAAUAUUCUAUUAGAAUCACUAUUCUAUUACGAAACGGAGCAAAGGGAAGGUGUGGAGAUUAAGAAUAAUAUAAUCUCAAAAUUAAAUCCAUUCUUGGAUGGUAGACAAAAAGAGCUACUUCUUGCGCUAGCAGAUCCCAGAGAAACAGAUGAAUUGUCUUAUGGAAUGGAAAACUGGAAAAUCUAAAAACGAAUUAAAAUCUCCCAACCAUGUCAUUUACUAUCUAUACAAGGAAAGGCACAAAUAAGAUAUGAAAUAUCAUGGUAAUUAAUACAAAAUAAUUAUAACAAACGAAGCAAUACAAAUUUAUUUGUAUCACGACGCUUAGACGUGAAUCAACAUCUCUACCUUGAACCAAAGAUGUUUUAUAUAUUUAUCUUACCAUAGUAUGUUUAUAAAUAAUAAAAUUUAGUUUAUUUUACCUA